UUCUUCCGUGCUCAGCAUUUGCUGCCGCACUUCUACAAAGGACGAGAGAAAAUACAUAAACUAGGAUUCUGCUUAAUCUGGUGAUACACGCCUUUUUGCAAGCACGCCCGCAGGCGAACGCAGGCAAGGCACACCAAAGAUGCCGCUCGAACGCAUACAGCCUUCGGUCGCGUUCGAGCCCGAACCCACAACACGCGCUUGCUGGCAGGGGACUAUGGACGGCAGUGGCAGCGGCGGUGCUGGUAGCAGUACCAGCAGCGCGAGCGGGAUGUCGCCAACGCACUCUGGCUUGCAGGGCGGCAGUGGCGACGCCUUGGAAGGAGGCCGUGGCAUGGCCCCGACUUCCAGCGUAUAUGCGAGCAAAUACGGCAGUAGUAACAAUAGCAGCAGUCACAGCACGGCGGAAGAUGGCUACGGACAUGGCUGUAGCUAUGGCUACAGUCAUGCCUCUGGCUUCGGCUCCGGUUCCGGAUAUGGCGCUAGCUCAUCACUCUCGAUGACCCCAUCGUCCCUCCCCAUCUCCGGCUCCACGUCACCGGCGCUCUCGCAGCAUUCCUCGACCGGCAGCUUUGUUGAUAAUAGCAAGGGGAACAUCAAGGGCAGUAGCAGCAGCAGCAGCAGCAGCAGAAGCAACAGCUACCUCCUGCGUCCCGAUGCAGAUUCUACGCGGGCCUCCUCCUCUGCCUGCCGGUCUGCUUCAUCGCCGCAUCGCCCCUCAAGAGGGGAUAUAAGUGGCCAGGACAGACAAGCCAGCUUCUCCUUUGGCUUUUCCGAGCUCGGCACCGGUUGGCGCAGCGCGCACGCACCGCAUCAGGGUAGCAUGGACACCAUCGUACAGAAUCAAGCGCCUGCGACACCGCUGGCUGAUGGGGAACAUGGUGGAAAGGAGCAGGAGGAGAGGUAUCUCGAGCAGAAGCGAGUCGCCAUCCCACAAGCGGCACUGCACUCGCAUUCCGCAUUGCCCUUGGCUGUGCCUCCCAACGAAGAGGGCAACACUAAGCUGCAUGCACCCUUGACGCCCGAGGGCCAUUCACGCUUCCUCCUGUCCGACUUUGCAAUCGGCAAGACAAGCAACGCCAAUGCACGCGCCUCGCGACCCUCCACCGCUCCUUCCGACCCCACCGCUCACCCCUCCUUGUGCUCGCCGCCGUCACCGCCGAUGCCGCCGCUGCCGCACCGCUUCGCGGCGCGGCAGCAGGAGGAGCUGGCCGAGUCGCGCAUCGGCCGCGCGAUGAUGACGGGCACGCUUUCCACCGCCACGACGUCUUCCGACGAGGAGGGCAGCCGCCGGCGGGGGCGACGGCGCUCGAGCCUCUUCCUCGACAACUACGACGACGGGAGAGGCCAGGAGGACAAGAACGAGUGCUACUUGGGCAGCGGGCCGCCGAGUCCUGCGCCCGAAGAGGGCUGGGGCGGGUCGGGCGGCGGCGAGGAUGGACACAUGCAUCACGCGCACGAGCAUGGGCGCAGCGCAGCGAUGCGCCGGCUUGACGAAGGCGGCGGGUCCCAGAACCAAUCGCUCGACCUGCUCGGCAGGUUUGGCUUCACGGGCCGGUUUGCCGUCUCGCCCGCGUUGCUCUCGCCCACGACGCCUAGCGAGGAAAAAAGGGGAACGGCUGUAGACGCCCAGGCGCGUAGAGAAACCGACGAGCAGGAGGAAAAAGACACCGACCCACUCGCGCAAUUCGACGUUCGGCGCACCUCUGGCUCGCAAGCGCGAGCCGGCGCGGAUGGAUCUUCGGCCCAUCAGUCCUGGACGUCAUUCUCUGCGCCGCAGCCUCAAGCGCGCCAGCGUUCCGCGUCCAACGCGCAGGUAUCCAGUGGCAUUGUCAAUGGGCCGAAGCAGCGCGACAGCAUCAGCGCACUGCGCGAAGCCGGGUCCCCCUCCGCCUCUGGCUCGGGCGCGGGUGCGUUAGGGAGGGCAGGCAGCUGGGGUCGCGCGGCUGGCAUCGCGAGCAUUGGCAGCCCGCGGGUGCGCCAGGGCGGCAUCGACGUCCUCGCCGACGUCGACCCGCUCGCGAGCUUUGCCGCUUUUGCGGGAUCAGCCUCGCUCUCAAAAGCAGGCAGAGCUUCGGCUGCAGCUGAUGCGCACGACCCCGCGUUGCCUUCGCACGUCCCUGCCUCGGUGGGGGCCAGUUCUUUGCAGAAGCAGUUGCAGCAGCAACAGGCACAGGACAUCAGCGGCACUGGUCAAAAGGGGAACGAACGCAAGGACAAGCAGCAGCAGCAGCCGCAACAUGCCUCGCGUCCGGCCGUGGCGCACCGCAGCUCGGGUGGCAGCGUGAACAGCCACAUGUCGCUGCUUUCGCAGGCACAUUCUGACUCGUCGACCGCCUCUGCUACUUCCGCUGGCACCGCUUCCACCGCACUCACGCGGCCCGGCAGCCGCCUCUCGGGCGACAGCAUCUCCAGCAUCGGCAUCAGCGCGCUCAGCCAGAGCCUGUUGCACACGAUCUCUCCACAGCAGCAGCAGCCCAAAUCGGCCACAACCUCAGCAAGUGCGGGCUCAUCAGUCGCUGCACCCACUGUACCCAGUAGCCGACACCCGAACUCGGGGGUCGUCCUGGUGGAGGACAGUAGUGUCAGAGGGGAGAGAAGCACUGAGAAGCGGAGCAGCAGGAGCAGCAAUGCUGUGAGCGAUACGGCUAGUGGCGACACUCUCGCGCCCGCUCUUAGCGACUCGCCCAUCAAGCAGAGGGGUGGCGAGGAAGCUCAAGAGGUGAUAGAGCAUGCUGCUAAUCAGCCAGCAUUAGCAGACUUCGCUUCGCCAUCGACCAAGCUAUCUCGCCCCUCAAUUGACACUUGUAUGCUCUCGACACCCAACGCGAGAUCGCUCCGUGACUCCGCGUGCUCUGCAUCGCCUCAUCAAGCGGGAGCGGAAGCGGCAUCGACGCCCUCGCCGGAUUCUCUAUCUCUGUCGCCCAACUCGGACAGCCUACAUCGCUCGCCCUCAACCAAUGCCAGCAUGACACCGACUGCCAGUCACGGUUUGGGGCUCAGCGAGGCCGUCAAGCUCCUCAUGUCGCCUCCAUCUGCCAGGGUUGACGAUGCGGCGUCGACCGUGCGUCAGCCACUCUUUGACAGCACAGCACAAAGUGGCCCUUUGCCUUCGCACACUGCUAGUGCAGACUCGCUCACUGGUUUGAGUGCCGAGCAGCUCCCGCUUCCGUCGCCCUCGCCGUCGUCGCUGCCGCAAGGACUUCCCGCGAGGACUACCGAAGGGGUUGGUGAGCACGUCCAACGACGGCAUACCGGCGUGUUCCUGUCGCGUACCCGGUCGCAGAUGCUGAGCCAGCCAGACCUGUUCACUGCCUUCUCUGGUGCGGGUGGCGGUCGUGCUGCAGCGCGCGCGAAGGCGAUGCAGCCGGUCAACUUUGACAAUGCCCCUUUCAGUGUGCUUGAAGCGAGAGCCAAAGUGAUGGCUACCAGCUCACAAUCGACUGCCAUGUCGGGCGCAGAGUUGAGCUCGGGUCCAAGUGCGAAAUGGACACGAGCUACGACCAGUCUUCGACAUCUGCUCCUCUCAGCAAUGCGACAACCAGCGUAGCAGAUGUGAGCCCGGCGUCGGGACCAUCUUCGCCGCUUGGCAAUGUCUUUGGCGCAGCAUGGUCUGCAUUUGCAGACUGGAAUGGCUUCACUUCCCUCUCUUCUCUAUCAGAGAUUGGGGAUCUCAUGACAUCUUCAAUGGCAGUGCAGGAGGACGAGGAAGCUGACGGUGCCGCAGCCGAUGCGACGUGCAGGGAGCAGGACGAGGGUUCCGUGGCGGCUACCCCUGAGAUAGACAAUGCCGAUGCCCUGGAAUCUGAAGCUGCAGCGUUCGUCCGCCCCACAACACCUGCUACGCGC